CACCACGGACGGCCGGGACGUCUCGCCCGCGUGGCCGUAUCAGCGAACCAGGAUCAGGCAGGUGUUCGUGAGGUUGAAGCUGAAGCAGGACGCCCAGGGAGAUCACGUCCCAGAGCACCGAGAAGGGCACGCAGGCGGCGGCGCCCACCAUCACCUGUCGGGGCGAGGGAGCCGCCGAGGUAGGCGCCUCCGCUGGCCCGCGCGGCGAAGAAGCCUGGGGCCAGGCCGUCCUUCCCCAUCGCGGCCAGCAGCUCCGGCUGCGGCAGGAAGCUCAGGAGCACCACCAGGGGCAGCAGGACCGACCUCUCCCAGGCUCGCCAGCGCCUUCGCCCAGAGCCAGCCCCGCGCACCGAAGGCCUCCGGCCACUGUGCCGCACCUCCUCCUGCCGGCACCAUGGCGGCCAGCGCCAACUGCGCCGCCGCCGAGAUGAGCGUCGCACACAGCAGCGUGCCGAGCAGCGCCCGCGGCAUGGCCCGCUCUGGCCUGGCGGCCCUGCCCGACAGGCAGCAGACCUCGUCGAAGCCGAUGAAGCCGAAGAUCGCUUGGACGCCCCGCGGACCGUGCCGCCCAAGCCGUGCGGGAAGAACGGCCGCGUGA